ACCCGAAGACAUUAUUGUGCCCCCCACCACCAUCAUCUCCUGCCUGGCUGUGACGGGACAAAAAUCGACAAAAUACCGGAAAUUAACCCACCUACCAUUCUUACUGCCGUGACUAAGGAAGGUCAAGGAGGAGAAACACACCAAGAAAAGACCGGUGGAAGAUAAAAUACGCCCGUAAAGCCUGAAACACCCCUCUCUUUCCCUUCACUCUGGGCAACUCAAGCCUGCAGGACCUAAUAUUUUAUCGUCAUGGCCGCCAGCAACGAGGCAAUCAUGGAGGAGAUUGAGGCACUGCAAGCCAUCAUGCUGGAUGAGGUCACAGUGCUUCAUGGAGACAGUGGAGUGCCGUCAGGGGUUGAGGUGGUGGUGGUGCCGGCUACAGCCCAGAACGUUAAAGAGCAGCAUGUGCGAGUCACCCUGGUCAUCUCACUCCCCCCUGAGUACCCUGAUGCCUCACCUAGCAUCACUCUAAGGAACCCUCGUGGUGUGGAUGACGACGUGCUGGAGAAGAUACACCAGGAGAGCAAGCAAAGGUGUGAGGAGUACCUGGGCUGCCCUGUCAUCUAUGAGCUGAUUGAGGUCGUGCGGGACAACCUGACUGCCAACAAUACUCCAAGCUGCCCAUGUGCCAUCUGUCUGUACCAUUUCACUGACACAGACACCUUCACCAAAACUCAGUGCUUCCAUUACUUCCACUCCUACUGUCUUGGGCGGUAUAUUGUCAACUGUGAGGAGGAGGCAGCAGCUGAGGAGGAGGAACCACAGCCUGCUUGGAUGGCCCGAGAGAAAAAGCAACUUAUGUGUCCUGUGUGCCGGGACCCCAUCCAGAGUGAGCUCAACAGUGAGGAAUUGCUCUUGGCUGCCCCACCUGAGGAGGAGGAGAAUACAGCAGCUUUCAGUGCAGAUGACCCAGUUUUAGUGGCACUGCAACAGAAGAUGGCACAGCUGUACCUUAAGCAGAAGGAAAAGGGAGGCAUAAUCAACUUGGAGGAGGAGAAAAACAAGUUUCUGCUGUCUUCUAAUAGGGUGGACUUUUGUGAGGGCUUUGCAGGUAACCUGGAGGAGGAGGCAAGUUUCAGUCUGCCAGACUCCCCUGAUGAUGUCCCACUAGAGGACCAGCUGCCCCUGCCUGUCGCACCACCCUCCUCCCGCAGGGGCAGCCGUCCCACCCAGCCACGGCCUCAGGGACACAAGGCGCAUGGAGGCUACGGCCGUCAGCCCUGGAGGAACACAGAUCAUGGAGGUGAUGGCCGCCACUGGACUAGCAAUCGAGGUGGGCGAGGGGGUAGUGGGUGCCGUGGACGGGGCACUGGGCGGGGAGGCAAUCAUGGCUCCUCUAGGAUCAUCCCUGAGCACCAAGAAUACAAUGCUCUGAGCCUGAAGGGUCACUGCAUGAUAGAGAGCAGCCUAGCCACCAAGGGCCACAGUCGCCCACAUGACGAUGGCAGGUAUGAAAAUGGUAACAUCUACCACACUGGGGACAACAGGACAGAGGUUUCCUUUGGGGCAAGAGGUGGGGGAGGGGGUGGGAGUGGAAAGAGGGGUUCUAAGGGUUCUGGUAGCAGGCAGCGCUAUGGCCCGGGCAGGGGUAGGGCCCGUGGGCCUCCUGCUGGCUUUGCCGCAUCAAGCCAGCGUCACUCUGCUCAAGACUGGAGUUGACGAAUGUGGCUUGCAGGGUUUUGGCCGCCCUGUCUCCUCCUCUCUGCCCUCCUCUGUCUCCUCAUCUGUGUACCAAGUAUUACCAUAAUAAUGUCUUUAACCCUCAAGUAUUCAGUAUAUUCAACUUCCAAAAGAAAUGGGUGUUGUAGUUGUCGUUACCAUGAUCAGCUUACUCACCGUAGAGCCAUAGAUGAUGAGUGUGUCGGCCACGCAUUGCGCCCCACUUGUGCGCCCCCCACAACCCCAGACUCGGUGUGUAGCAUCAGUAGCAAUAUUGUAUCUCUGUUGGGUGUAAGAUAUUCCUCUAGGUGUGUUGUGAGGAGAAUCAAGAUUUUCAUAGAAAUUUUAAAUCUGAAGCUUUGACAGAGACUGAAUUUCCUUUACAUUUUCCCCAUCAUGGGGGGAAAGAGCUGGCCAGAGACAGCAAGUCUGAUGAGAAUCAAAGUCUUGCAUAAUAUAAACACUAGGAGAAGAUUCAGAAGCUGGCAGUGUGUGGCAGACAGUGGCACACCCUGUUCUCCUUGCGUUACUUUUAGAAAAGAUUUUGUAUUUGAGUUUUACACAAAGUUUAUUUUUUAUAUGCACAAACUAUUUACUUUGUAUAGUAGCAGUUUCUUUUUCAUCUAUUUUAGAUGAUCAGAAGUUUGCUUUACCAUUUAGUCUGUGAUGUAAACUGUUUGAGUUUUGUUGAUGGUGAAUUAAAAAAGGGAUACGUUUAACUUUUAUUUAAUUCAUUCUCUUGUGUAACACAAGACUUCCAUCACAACACUUAGCAGCUUUCUUGGGUCAGAGAUCAUAAGUUGUGGAUGGGGUUAGUACAAGGUGGUGAUGGAAGUGGUGGUGGCAGCGGUGGCUGGCCCACGCGAGUGCCGGAACACACACACGUUGGCUUAGUGACUACCCAGCAGCUUCCUUAUUCUGAAAAUGGACAAUGGAGAAAACUGAAGCUUAGGCACAAAGUUUGGGGUCUUAAAACCAGGUUUUGAAAUGAAUUCAAUCUGUGAUUCUCUCAAUAACAACUAUUAACUUAAAUGUAUGUGUGUGUUCGAAAUCAAUUGACUUACAAUAAUAAUAGUUAAUACUGUUGACCAUUGCCCUUAGGAUAUAUUGAAUUACUGGCUUAGUGUUUUAUUUAGUGCAGCAAUUUAUGAAAAUAUGCUGGUCCGUUUAAUGUGCAUUGCCUGCCUCAUACUCAGUCGUGGAGUCUCUAAAGGGGGGGGGUUGCAAAAUGAAAAAUUGAUGAACCUGAUAUUUGACAUUAAUAUGUACAUUGUAUUUACAUAUUUCACAUGUAAUUUCAAGAAAUUUCAUUUAGGGACAAAAAGAAUAAAAAAAAAAAAAAAAAAAAAAUUUGAUGAGGCGUCGAAAACAGCAAAGGGCCAAGCGCCUAAAGUCUGGACUGGGGAAAAAUAAGUGUUGAAGUUUUCUGUCAUUUCAGCGUGCUAGAACUUCAGCCAGUGAAAAUAUUUACUUCAUAUAAGUGGCAACUGAUAAAAAUUGCCCCCAUCAACUAUAAGACCAAAGAAUACCGAGUAGGUGUGAGAGGGAGGUGCUACUGAGAGGAGGAGGAGGGGCCUGUCUUUCCAUGAGUCAAAGCUAUGAGAGACAGGGAAACAGGAAAUGCAUUGCUUGUUUUCCUCUCUCAGCCCUACAAGCAUUGCGAUAGUAGGACCUUUUAUUGUUUUCUGGAGCUAAGAGGAAAAGUUGUGGUGUAGUUAUACAUAAGCCGCAAUUUGAGGAUUUUGGGGGUUAGUCAUGACACUUGUCCCAUUGUUGCACUCGACACCUCAUAGAGAACACAUCUACUUAUAUACUUAUUUUAGUUUGAUUUUUUAUUUGAGAGGGGGGGUCCGGGAUUUUUAGGUGUCAGGAUAUUUUGUCAGCUAUAUAAGUAAGUACAUAUACAUAAUACAAAGUUAAAGAUUUUAUUAUUCAAAAUAGGCAGAAACUUACCUGAAGGACAACACAAGACAUCCACUUUUGUUCUCUCUUUGUGAUGAUAUUAUAGGCUAAGCUGAGUGCCAUGUUAGCAUCUGAUGAAGGGAGUUAGAGGAUGGGGACGUCAGCUUCCUAAUACAGUACAAUUUAUAGACACUGGAAUGUAUUUAGGGGUGGUUGCUGCUGUAUCUUUACUUACAUUACUAAUAUAUCUCAGUCUUGUGCUCUACAACUUAAGGAAUGCUUCACACGUCUCAUAGAUUUUGAUGUGUGGUUGUAUCUUUCUUAGCUUUGGGCUCAUCAGUUUUCAGUGACUUAUAAUGACUUUCUGAUGCCCAAGCUAACAUGAAAUAAUUAUAUCAGUUACUUAACAUAGGAUCUCUGACAACUACAGAAGUUUCAUCAUCAGUCAGACUGAUGUUCUUAAGACUUGUUUUAUCAAUAUUUGUCAGGAUAUUGGUUCUCUCCAUGCUUUGUCUGUUGAAAUACAGGCAAGAGGGGAAUGAAAAGUAGACAAUGUUGGCUAAAUUCAACAAAAUUUCAGUGGUAACUAAUAUUGAAUACUAGAAGGAAAGAAGUCUUGACUAGGUACAUGAAAAUUUGCCCAACAAGCCAAGGGUCAUAGGUGUUUGUGUCCACAACUGUGACAUGUCCAUGUGGAAGAUUAUUCCACAAAGACUGUUGGACUUCUAAUCUACACUUAGUAAACCUCUUUUCCUAUUUCUGUAAAGUCAUAUAAAUCUCAGUUUUCUUUUUACAGUAAAGUUCCUAAUUAUUUAUCUUAGGUGUACAUUAUAAGUUAUUAUUUUCUUGAUAUUCCUUUUCCAUUGAUACAAACAGCAAUCUAUUGAAGAGUUCAAGGAGUGGUCUGGUGAACUUUACCAAAUGCUGUUUGAACUUAUUGGCAUUUGCAGUGAUUCGGGUUUGUGCCACUCAUGAUCUUGCCGACAGUUCAGUAAGCUAUGACAUAGGGAAUGGCUGAGACAUGGCAUUCCUAGUGUAUUGUUGUCACAGACAUGGAACUUUUACUUAAACAGGAAGAAUACCUUGAUAAUACUGAAAUUUGUGUAGCUAUUGUGAACUCUUGAUACCUUAGUUAAAUAUUAGGCUGGACCCUGCAUUCCUUUACAUGCAAUCACAACCCAGUAAAUAACAUUGAAUUAUGCUUUGUAGAAAUAAAAUUGUUCACCUAUUUACUGGGAUCGAUGGAACACAGUGAUUACUGUCUCGUAUUAAAUGUGAAAUAUAAAUUACCCUUUUCCUACUGGC